GCGGCGGCGCGGGGUCGUGCGCUCCAUGGCGCACAGAGGGGCGCGCUCUUCUGCUCCGCAGCGAGCCCGGCUGGCGGCCCGGGAUGCCAAGAUGUUUGGACUGCAAGGCUGCACAGUUUUGAGAGGGAGAUGACUUGAGUGACCGGCUUUUAUUUCUACAACAAUGUCCAUGAACAAUUCCAAACAGCCAGUGUCUCCUGCAGCUGGGCUCCUUUCAAACACAACUUGCCAGACGGAAAACCGGCUUUCAGUAUUUUUUUCAAUAAUCUUCAUGACAGUGGGAAUCUUGUCAAACAGCCUGGCCAUUGCCAUUCUCAUGAAGGCAUAUCAGAGAUUUAGACAGAAGUCCAAGGCAUCGUUUCUACUUUUGGCUAGUGGCCUGGUGAUCACAGACUUCUUUGGCCAUCUCAUCAAUGGAGCUAUAGCAGUAUUUGUAUAUGCAUCUGAUAAAGACUGGAUUCGCUUUGACCAAUCAAAUAUCCUUUGCAGUAUUUUUGGUAUCUGCAUGGUAUUCUCUGGUCUGUGCCCACUUUUUCUAGGCAGUGUGAUGGCCAUUGAGAGGUGUAUUGGAGUCACCAAGCCAAUAUUUCAUUCUACGAAAAUUACAUCCAAACAUGUGAAAAUGAUGCUGAGUGGCGUGUGCUUGUUUGCUGUUUUUAUAGCUUUGCUGCCUAUCCUUGGACAUCGGGACUAUAAAAUUCAGGCGUCGAGGACCUGGUGCUUCUACAACACAGAGAACAUCAAAGACUGGGAAGAUAGAUUUUACCUUCUACUUUUUUCUUUUCUGGGGCUCUUGGCCCUUGGUGUUUCAUUCUUAUGCAAUGCCAUCACAGGAAUUACACUCUUAAGAGUUAAAUUUAAAAGUCAGCAGCACAGACAAGGCAGGUCUCAUCAUUUCGAAAUGGUCAUCCAGCUCGUGGCUAUAAUGUGUGUCUCCUGCAUUUGCUGGAGUCCAUUUCUGGUGACAAUGGCCAACAUUGGAAUAAAUGGAAAUAAUUCCCUGGAAACCUGCGAAACAAUACUUUUUGCUCUCCGAAUGGCAACAUGGAAUCAAAUCUUAGAUCCUUGGGUAUAUAUUCUUCUGCGGAAGGCUGUCCUUAAGAAUCUCUACAAGCUUGCCAGACGCUGUUGUGGAGUACACGUUAUCAGCUUGCAUAUUUGGGAGCUUAGCUCCAUUAAAAAUUCCUUAAAGGUUGCUGCUAUUUCGGAGUCAUCAGGUGCAGAGAAAAUAAAUCAGCAAGCACCUAGUUAAAUAGGACAGUAAGUCAGUGUAGGGCUAGAACAAAAUUAAGAAAUGUUUGACAAUAUUUCAGUUAAUUAGAUAAAUACAUAUAGCCUAACUGGAAAAUUCAGACCUCAGCAUGUGGUUUGAGGGUACUUUGGUCAGAUUCAGCUUUUGAAAUGUAUUAAAUUAACAGUAUAAUUGUA